GUUAAGUUGAGGGGGUACAAAUUGGAAAGGACGUAAGUGCAAUUAACCCGGAAUACAAUUCCAAAUCUCCAAUUAACUCGGAUACGAUACGAUACGAUAGUCUAUAAAAAAAGGACUUCCAAAUCCAAACACAGAAGUAAAGAGACUCUAAGAAAAUAGAAAAUACAGUAAAAUAAAAUAUCAGCAACCAUGGAAAAGGUUUCUUUCUCCAUCUCUAAGCCCCAACCAACCGCGAAAACGCCUCCGUCAUCGGCCUCCGGCGGGAAUAUCGAAGAAGAAUCCUCGGAAUUCAUAACGGUAUUCGACGCCUCCGAAGGCCUGCCAUCACUGCGUCAGCAAAUUCGCAUAAUUCCUCCGAACCCCAACGAAUGGGCGCCGUCCAAUUACUACUCUGCUACCGGGAACGCUCAAUCGUCCUCCGCCGGCCCGUCAGUGGAGAAUGGCAUCGCCAACGCUCUUAAAUACGGACUUAAUCUUGGCAACAACGGCGAUGCUCGCGCCGGACUGAACCCUGCUAAGUCUACUGUUUCCGACCCAUCAUUGAUUAAAUUGAGGGAGGAUUUGGAGAGGCGGCCGGAAAUUAAUGGGUUCGACGAAUUUGAGCAGAUGCCGGUGGAGGAGUUCGGGCGAGCUUUGUUAGCCGGGUACGGGUGGGUUGAAGGCAUGGGUAUUGGAAGAAACGCCAAAGAAGAUGCCAAAGUUGCCGAGUGUAAAAACUGGACUUCCCGCCAAGGUUUAGGGUUCAGCCCGACUCCCAACCAAAAUUGAAACCUUCUGAGCUCCGUCUCCUUGUACAUUUGAAUUUUCAGAAGCUUUUAGACCUAGAGUCUAAGCAGAAGACAACUGAUCGCACUCUUGUUACUUCUUAGCUUUGUGCCUGAUUUGAGAUGUUUUUAACCGUUUUAUUUUAAGCGAUAACUGUAAUGGAGAGAUUCCCAGACGCUUCCACUCUUUUCCUUAUUUUACUUCUUUAGUUCUUACUUUUGUGCGUUAUUUGUGUG